AAAUGACCAAAGCUGUUAAGGGACGUAAAACAAAACAAAACAAAAAAACAAACUAACAAUUUGUUCUAAUACGAAUACAAUGUAAUGAUGUUCUUUACCUUUCUUUUCUUGUACAUAUUGUAGGUUGUCGAUGUUAAAUUAAUAACUCUACAAAUACAAGACUAAGUAUUUAGCAAUGGCCGAAACCGGCAAAAGAGUGGAAGAAGAUUAUAAAAUGUGGAAGAAAGAAAACCAUCCAAACAGCAGAUUUAUUCCUAUGGAAAUGUUCAAGCUUCUGACGCAUUGCACGAAAGCAGAUCUAAAAAAAGAUAUAGUAAAAAAUGGUCUUUUGAAAAAGUGUUACGAUUUUAAAGAAUGGGAAGAACCAUUGGCACAAGACGAUGCUCCGGAGGGAGUUUGGUUCGGAAUAACAAUGGGGAACAGUUUACUUCCAUCUAUAUCUCCUUUCGGCACAGAACGUGUGUUGAAACCAGUAGAGAGUCUACAAACGGAUCUUGGUAGCUGUAAUCCGGUAUUAUAUUUAGAAGCGAUUAAAUUUCGCGAAAACACUAGGAAUGUUAGACUAAUUCUUCUAAAAGGUGAUGACGAAGAAAGUAUUGAUUGGUGUGAAGAGCAAUGUCUUUAUGAACUUGAUAUCCAUGACAACCCAUUUCUGACCAUUAACAUGACGGAAUGCGUAUGGAUAUGGAAAACAUUGAAAAAUGGACCGGAAGGAGAGAAGCCAGACACGUGGGUGGCUGUCUUUAUUGCUCGUGAUGUGGAUGUUACUGGCUGUACGUGGGAUACAGUUGAACAAUACGGAUACAGCCCGCAAAACAGCCAGUAUGAUCGACGCAAUCACGACCGAUUUGAUACUCGGUGUUUUAUUUGUGGAAAGCGAGGUCAUUGGAUGGAUAGCUGUCCGAAAAGAGAGUGUUUCCGUUGCGGAGGUUACGAUCACUGGGCUGAGGACUGUCCCAGGUCUGUAAGAUUCUGUACGAAAUGUGGCCAGUAUGGUCAUCGCAGCCCCGAAUGUUCCGAGCUGGUGUGCUUUACAUGUGGGAAGUUAGGCCAUUUUGGUGAUAAAUGUCAAAAGACAAAAUGUUUCCGAUGCGGAGGAUACGGUCACUGGGCUGACGACUGUUCAAGUGGCUACACAACACGUCGCCAUUUCGGUCAACGCAGACCUGACCAAUCUGAGAUUGGGUGUGUUAUGUGUGGACAGCUAGGACACAGGAUGGAUAACUGUCCAAACACACAAUGUUUCCAGUGUGAUGGUUACGGUCACUGGGCUGAAGACUGUCCUAGUGACUACACAACAAGUCGCCAUUUUGGUCAACGCAAACCCGACCACUUUAAGAUCGCAUGUGUUAUGUGUGGACAGCUAGGACACAGCAUGGAUAACUGUCCAAACACACAAUGUUUCCGGUGUGAAGGUUACGGUCACUGGGCUGAGGACUGUCCUAGAAACUGUGCGAAACGUCGUCGUUCUGAGACUGAUUGCUAUACAUUCAGAUAACUAGGCCAUUGGGUUGAUUACUGUCUAAUUCACCUUGAUAAGUACAACAUCUUGCUUGAAUAUCAGGAUCCGAAACGUCUGGCAAAAUCAGCUUAUUCAACAAUUCUUGACAGAAUCUGCGUGGUAUCGGCCGUUUUUUGCCCCCGAAUCAGUCUUUUUAUUCAUCCUUGGACUUCAGAAUAGCAUUGUGUCAAAUGGAAUUUGGACUGCUCCUGGGGGCUGAGGGAUAGGGCAAAAAGAGGAAAAUGGUGAAAUUCAGCAAUUAAAAAGACUGCAUCUCCUAAAGGACUGAA